AUGCAUCUUGUCAUUCCUUUCCUUCUAGGCCUGAGCUGGCUCGCCAACGCUGUCUGUAUUCCUGCCCUGAGCACCAACACUACUGGGAUUGUAUCUCGUGAUGUUGGCGGGUACCGCUCGGUGGCAUACUAUGUGAACUGGGCCAUUUACGGUCGAAACUUCCAACCCCAAGACCUUCCCGCCGAGCGACUGACGCAUGUACUUUAUGCCUUUGCCAACGUUCGCCCUGCCACAGGCGAGGUCUAUUUGUCGGACUCCUGGGCAGACACUGACAAACAUUAUCCUACUGAUUCCUGGAAUGAUUCCGGAAGCAAUGUCUAUGGCUGUGUCAAGCAGCUUUUCCUGCUUAAGAAGAGAAACCCCAAGCUCAAGGUUCUUCUGUCCAUUGGAGGCUGGACCUAUUCCCCCAACUUCGCCUCUGCGUUUGACAACGAGGCUGGUCGGCAGAAGUUUGCUGAUUCUGCUACGGAGCUAUUGAAGGACCUCGGCUUGGAUGGUAUUGAUGUUGAUUAUGAGUACCCUGCCAAUGACGACCAGGCGGACAAACUUGUCGAUGCACUCCGACGACUUCGUGGGGCUUUGGAUAACUACAGCUCGGCUAACGCUGGAGGCCCAAUCCACUACCGCCAAGAGCACCUGAAAGAGAUGGACCAGUACCUUGAUUUCUGGAACCUCAUGGCCUACGACUACUCCGGUAGCUGGGAUAGUAUUGCCGGCCACAAUUCCAACCUCCACGUGUCCAACGACAACCCGUCCAGCACCCCAUUCAACACGGACCAAGCAAUCGACUACUACUCCUCUCAAGGCGUAGCCACCAACAAGAUUGUGAUGGGAAUGCCACUGUACGGUCGAGCAUUUACCAAUACCGACGGCCCGGGAAAGGCUUACAAUGGGGUUGGAGCGGGCACAUGGGAGAACGGCGUGUGGGAUUACAAGGGCCUGCCACUGCCAGGCUGUACCGUAACAAUCUUGGAUCAGCCAGGUGCAAGCUACUGCUACAACCAAGGGAGCCGACUGUUUGUGAGCUACGAUACACCUGAAAUUGCGCGCCAGAAGGCGCAGUACAUCCAGUCCCGUGGACUAGGCGGCGGAAUGUGGUGGGAGAGCAGCUCUGACAAGUCUGGCGGGGACAGUUUGAUUACAACUGUUGUUGAUACCCUUGGAGGUGUUGGCGCUUUGGAGAAUAGCGUCAAUCAGCUGAACUACCCUGCCUCAAAGUACAUUAACUUGAAAAACGGAUUCCCUUAG